AUGAUACUGCCGGCUGAUACAAUAUUUAUUAAAAAAUAAAGAAGACAGUAUUUUAUCGUCACACGCGGGCACGGAGGGAACACAUGAUGUUUGUUUUUAUUAUAAUCAGUGUUAUUUGAUGAAUGUCGGCGUUAUUAUCUGUGAGAAAUGCGCGGAUUUAUGGAGUCAGGGCUUUAAAUGAGGAUCAUGGCGUUUCAGGAGGGAGAAUCGCUCGAAUCCUGGCUCAAUAAAGCCACACACCCGACAAACCGACAGGAAGACUGGGAAUAUAUAAUCGGGUUUUGUGACCAGAUCAAUAAGGAGUUAGAAGGUCCUCAGAUAGCCGUGAGACUGCUCGUUCACAAGAUACAUUCACCACAAGAAUGGGAAGCCCUUCAAGCUCUGACGGUCCUAGAGGCUUGUAUGAAGAACUGUGGCCGAAGAUUUCACAAUGAAAUAGGCAAAUAUAGGUUUUUAAAUGAGUUGAUCAAAGUGGUUUCCCCCAAGUACAUGGGAGACAGCGUUUCAGAGAAGGUGAAGAAUAAGAUCUUCGAGAUGUUGUACAGUUGGACGGUAGCGUUUCCUAAUGAGGCCAAAAUAUCAGACGCUUACCAGACACUCAAGAGACAAGGACUCAUAAUGUCAGAUCCAGAACUGACUGCUGAUAAAACUCUCGUUCCGUCUCCUCCCGCACGCCCCAAAAACCCUGUGUUUGACAAUGAGGACAUGGGGAAGUUGUUGGCCGAACUUCUGAGGAGCAAAAACCCAGAAGAUCUUCAGGAGGCAAACAGACUCAUCAAAAACAUGGUGAAAGAGGAGGAUGCUCGGGUACAGAAGAUGACCAAACGCAUCCACACACUGGAGGAGGUGGACAAUAACGUCAAGCUCCUGGGAGAGAUGUUGAGUCAUUACGACAGGGACAGGUCAUCUAACGCUGACCGCGAGCUCAUGAAAGAGCUGUACGACCGCUGUGAUAAACUCAGACGCACCGCUUUCAAACUGGCCACUGAAGCCGAAGACAACGACUCCAGUUUAGGUGAUAUUAUCAAGGCAAAUGAUGACUUGUCAAGAGUAAUCAGCUCUUAUAAACGAAUCGUAGAAGGUCAGGCGGAUGAUAACGAGGUUGAAGAUCCCAGACCAGCGACUGGUGAAGGAUGUGAGACCACAGGCACGCUGAUUGAUCUGGCUGGUCUGGAUGAACCUUCCUCUCCCACAACAGUCCCUCCUCCUGCUCCUCCUCCUCAGGUCUCCUUGACCAAUCCUAUGGCCUCUUCCAUCCCUGUGCUGCCACCUCCUCCACGCCGAUUGGGUGGCGGUCACGGCAGUCAAACAAGCAGCCCCAAUCACAAACCCCCGGAGCAGCAAACAUCCCUCUCACUUUUGGAUGAUGAACUAUUGUCUCUUGGACUGAAUGAUCCGCCCUCUGUGCCAAACAAAGCAAAGUUGGAUGAAUUAUCUGGUCAGUGGACCUCCUUACAGGCUUCUGAUCCAGGCCUGGACCUGUUUGGGAACAUCUCAGCACCAAGCUCUGUCUUUCCAAAAAAACACACACCUGCACAAACCUCACACACACCUGCUGUGAGUCAGGGGCUGCAGGAUCUCUCCAUGCUGGACUUCACUGGAGGAAAGAGCAUCUCUGGUCUGAGCGGUAUCGCCGGAGGUAGUUUUGGUCUUUCUGGGGCUGUAAUGAGCUCCACAGUGGCCCCUCUGCAGUCCAUUAACCCUUUUGUGCGUGCUUCGGUGCCCGGCUCGCCCGCUGUGGCCCGGGCUCAGGCAGUGGCGGGUGGAUCAGCUCCAGGCAGCCCGUUCUUUCAGCCCUUCUCUUCCCCGUCUAACUCGCAUCAGAGCAGCCCAGCACGGAGCUUUGAGCCCAGCCUGUCUAACCUCCAUGUCCCACUCGAAUCUAUCAGACCCAGUAAAGUGUUGCCCGUGACGGUUUACGAUAAAGAUGGAGUACGUGUUCUGAUGCACUUUGCGAUGGACUGUCCACUGGGUCGACCAGAUGUCUUAGUCAUAGUGGUGUCUCUGCUCAACACGGCGCCAUUACCUGUGACGAAUAUAUUGCUACAGGCAGCCGUGCCCAAGUCUAUGCGGGUGAAGCUUCAACCUCCAUCGGGUACAGAGAUUGCGCCCUUUAACCCCAUCCUGCCCCCUGCCUCCAUCACUCAGGUCAUGUUGCUCGCAAACCCACUGAAGGAGCGAGUGCGUUUGCGGUAUAAAUUGACGUAUCUGUUAGGGGAUCGGCAGUACUCUGAGGUCGGAGAGCUCGAUCAGUUUCCUCCAGCGGACAGAUGGGGUUCCCUCUAGAAUCUUCCUCUGCUGAUCUACAUCUGCUCAGCGCUGUUUACCUGCUUGAUCGCUUAACUGUUCAUUACCAAGUAUUUUCAUUCAUUUGUCCUGUUGCUAUUUAUUUUUUAAUCAGUGUUGUAUUGUAGCAUCAUCCAUCAGUAUUUGAUGCCUGAUAUGUUUGUGAAAACCCAAAGUAGAUAUUAAUACAGCAACGCAAAGUCUUCGGAUAACACACAUGAUGGUCUGAACCGGACACGUUUUGGAGAUCAAAAAUGCCAUAUUUACUACAGUUAUUGUUACUACAGUAAAUCUGUGGCAACUUGAUAUUCUCCCAACACUCGUCAAAAAAACUUAAAUGACAGAAACAUUUAUUCUUAUACAGUUUGAAAGAGAUACAUAUUAAUUUAUUAUUUUACAGUUGUUACAAUAACUGGCACUAUUCGCAAGAAAGAAUCACAUUACUUUUUUAAAUCAAUAAAGGCAGGGUUUUUACACAAACUCUCUUCAGUUCGACCCAGUUCACAAAGUUAUUUGAAGAAAAAUUAUCAAACAUAUAUUUGUUUUCUAUAAUUUAUGGGAAGUAUUAUGGAUAACUACAAACUAGCUAGCCAAGACUGAGUGAUACCUUAAUUUAACCCUUGUGCGACCUUUGGGGCAUUUUUGUCUUUUAAAUUUUUUUUUUUUUUUUUUUUUAUCAUUUUGGCUGUUAAUGCUAGCAGCAUACAUUUUGUCAAAGGUGUGUAUUUUGGGGGGAAUUUUGAUAUUUCAACCUCAGUUCCUAUAAUACAUCUAUAAUACACUGUGUACACAAAAUAGUUACACUCAGGACCUUCUGGACAAAAAUGUCCCCAUUGAAACCCAUUAAAACUGCAGUAUUUGAUCCCAGUGCCAUUAAAGCAUAAAAUCAUGAAUUCUAUGAUAUUAUGAUUUCAUUCCAGAGCCCUGGCUUCAACAUUUACAUUUUUAAUAUUUUCCACCAGAUGGUGCCAUUUUUCUCAUGUUUAGCCUAUGGAGCAAAUACAUGCUUUUCCCCUAUUUUCUGUUUGCUGAAUUAUAGAGCACUGCAGGACAAUUGAAUAAAUGAUGCAGAUAAAAUUGUGUGUGUGUGUUGGUAUGGAGGUUUUGUAUGUGUGUAUUGAGAAAUGUGUGAGAGUGUGUGUGUGUAAAAAACAACAGUGGCAUUAUGUAAACAAACUGGCAUUGAGUUUUAUUUUUAAAUCUGACACUGCACAAAAAAUAAUAAUGCAUCAAAAUCAAUGUUGUUGCUAAUCAUUGACAUAUCCCAGACUGUGAUAAUUCAGAAAAAAAAAUUCCCCUUAGCAUUUAGUAUAUGGAAAAUAAAUCUUUUUUUGGGGGGGUUAAUUCAUAAAAAACAACAGUGACAUUAUAAACAAACUGGCAUUUAAAGGGUUAAAAUCCUGAAAAUGAAUGAAUAUUUGGUAGUUAUGAUCAGGACUGAUGUUGGUUAAAAAAAUUAACUCAUUAAAAGUGAAAAAUAAUAUUAAUAUAUAAUAUUAUUAUGGCAGUUUUUUGACGCGGACAUUUUUGUCCUCUAAGGUCCUCUGAGUAACUUUUUUUUGUUGACGCACAAGGGUUAAGCUAAAUCUGUUACUUGCAACCUUGCUACCCAUUCUGUAUAGAUAUAUUAUAUAGUAUUAUAGCGUAUAGAUAUACAGCUCAUACAAUAUUUACUUGUAUUUUCAUAAGGUUAAGCACCUUCUUUCACUGAUACUUUUUUUUUUUUUUUUUAUAAAGUUAAGUUGACUAACCUAUUUUCUUUUAAAGUUUAAGGCCCUGGUUUGUACCUAAUUUGUUGAAAGUAACAACUGUAGUAACUAUGGUAUUUUGGCAGAAACUAUGGUUACUAUGGUAAAUUCAGAAGCUGAGAUGAUCCUGAUGGUGUCGCAUGACCUCGCCACUGUCUGUGGAGUUUAAUUUUACCGUGAUUUUGCACUAUUCCGACAAUUAAAGCUGUAAGAGCAGAUCAACAGCUCUUAAAUUCAUGAAACCUCAGUGAGAAUGUACCUGCAGUGAAUGGAGUUUACACAGCACAAUGAUGCAGUGUAUUUACACUUUACUUUUUAGUUAUGUUUUUAUCUUAUGUUUUAUAGUUCAUUUCUGUGUCUGGUUUUAUUUAUUGCUGUGUUUGGAGUUACUCAGCAGAUAUUUUUGAGAUCUCUCUGAUAGUGAACGGCAUUUAUUGGCAAUAUUAGCCUUGCUUAUUUUAUUAUCUCACAUAUUUACAUUGCAUUUAGUUUAGCAGUUUCAGUUUAGCAGAACUGGGUGAAUUUCAUGAAACCUGUCAAAAACACAUCCAGGUCAUAUUCAAUAUAAAGUAAAAUAAAAAGAAAGAAGAAAUUCUAGACAAUGAAGUAGAAGUAGACCGAUAUAUCGGCUUUACCGAUUGAUCGGUGCCGACAGUUGCCUUUUGGAACUAUCGUUAACGGCAAAAAUCUGUGCAGAUAGUUUUUUCAUCAUUUCAAAACAAGAGUCCCCGAUGUGUUUCAGGCUUGUUGUUUAUACUUAAAAAUCCCACGUUAUGCUCCAAAUCGUAAUUUUUUUUCCGGCUUAUUUUGGGGAUUUUGGUUAAAAAAAUAAACUGCAUCUGAGAUUUUAUUCAUUUAGGGCUCUUUGUCUGUGCCCGUCUUACUAAGGAAAGAAAAUAUAUUUUUAAUUUUUUUGACAUUCUAAACAUCGAUUUUAAAAACUAUCGGCCGAUUAAUCGGUUAUCGGCCUUUCCCACCACCUUAGUUAUCGGCACAAUCCACCUUCGUUCGACCUUUAAAAUGAAGCCUCCAUUACCAUUAAAAAAAAUUUCUUUGUGACAUUAUUUUAAUGACAAUUAAACACAUUUUCCCUCAAAUCCUCAUUACUGUAAUGCAAAAAAAAAAAAAACAAAGAGAGAAGAAAAACAAUUAUAUAUACAUAUAUAUUAUACAAAUACAAUUUCAGAAUACAGCAGAUGAGAUGAAAGAAACAGUGCUUGUUCACUGAGUACAGUUUGUGAUUAUCACUGACAUUAGAUGAUCUGUUGGUUGAGAUUUGAAGCAUAACACUGAGCAUUUUACAUGACUUAGUUUUAAAGCAAAGCGAGAUGACACGAGUUAUUUCAUCGGAUGUUUCUGGACAUCACUGACGCUUAAAUGAAUGUUUCCUGAUGGAUUUGUGCCACAAACCUGCUUCAAAGCAUUUAGAGUAUUUCAGAAGAAACUAGUGAGCAAUCAGAACGUUCCAACAUGACACUGAUGAUGAAAAUGCACUGCUUUGAUCAUUUAAUGAGUUAUAUUGCACCAGUAACAGGUAAAUGAUGCCACGAACAGGGGUCACAUGAUUUCACUGAAGUCUCUUGUCCUUAGUGUUUGAUGGCCAACCAAACCUAAUCAUUAUGUAACGCAGAAAUAGAUAAAAAGACAUCCAUGUUGAAUUAAAUUAGCAUAGAAAUAAAAAAAGAGACGCUGGAAAGUGUUUAAUAUCCAUUUCCUGCUGUAAAGGACCAAUGUGUGAUGCUGUUGUGACUAAAAAUCUGUGGCUGUUUUGAGAAGGUACAUCAUGCUACAUAUGCCAUAUGUUCUCAAGAUAAAAAAAAAAAAAGAUUAACUCUCUAUCUACAGGUUUGUACACAUCAACAACCCUUAGAAAAGAACUACGCAGAGACGAAUUUCAUUUUUACAUGUUGAAUGUGUGAUUUCAUGCUGCUUCUGAACUCUUGAUGUGUCCUACUCAUUGCCGGAGUGUUUUGAAAGUUGACAUUGUUUAGAGUGCAUAUAUCUGUGUGUGUGUUUGAGCUGGAUUUAUAUAUGUUAGUCAUCUCUGUACAGUAAACCAUCCAAAUCAACCGGUUAUUCCAAUGCAUGCAGAAUAAAAUAUAUAAGCAGAUCGUUGUGAAGUCUGUAUGUUAUUUGAUUCCCUGAAGUCAACUUAUAUUGUAAGUCAAGAUUUCUUACAUCAAAAACAGUCAUCAUUUAGUUUUUCAUGAUCAUAUCCCACACUCUCACUGACCCUUACAACUUACAGUUAAACAGGCACUUUUUGGUGCUGUACCUUUAAGACCUCAGUAUGUAAAUUAUCUCUGUGAUGACUGGCUGAAGUCUGCAUACCGGUGUAUCAGGCUGGGACAAGUUGCUGAAUAAGUAUUAAUAUGUGAAU